UGUUUGUAAACGUUUAGAGCCGUCGCCGUCGUGUUUUCGUUCGCCGAGUUUGGGUUUCGCAAAACGCAAGGAAUUUUCAGAAUUUUCAUCGCUCCGGAACCACCUUCCGGCAAUGGGUUCCUCCAAGAAGCACAAGAAGGAAUCGAAGAAGCACAAGCGUCGCUCGCGGAGCCGCUCGCCGCACGAGAAACGCCGCAGCCGUUCGUACGCCGAGGAGCACGAAUUUGUGGUGGAGGAGGAGGAGGAGCAGUUGGUUGUGGAAGAUAAUGGCCACCGGCGGGAGAAGGACCGGUACGAGGGCGAGGAAAAGGUGAGCCGCCACAAGAAGCAUAAGAAGGAUCGGGAUCGACAUCACCACAGCAAGAAGCGGAGGGUGAGGGAGGAAGAUGGGGAGGGGUUGGAGGUUGAGGUUGGUGGGAGUAGCAGCCGGAAGAAGCGACAUCGGUCCAAGGAGUAUGUGGAGGUGGCGGAUGAUAGCAGCGAUAGUUCGGAUUGCGUGGAAGUUCCGGUUGAUGAGGAUAUUCCGGCUCCACCGCCGCCAAUUAUGCGUCGGUAUCCGACACCAGAACCUCCGCCAGCGUUUGCUGGCCGUCGGGCGUCGCCAUCGCCGCCACCGAGGGUGGCCGCUCCAAGCCAUCGAAGGCGGUCACCUUCUCCGCCGAGGGUUGCAGCUCCGUCGAGCAGGAAACGGACUCCGUCGCCACCGAGGGUGGCUCCGCCAAGUCGUAGAAGGUCGCCGUCGCCACCAAGGGUGGCCCCUCCCAGUCGUAGGAGGUCACCGUCGCCGCAGCGCAGUAAUCGCCGCAGGUCACCACCACCGCAGCCGGAGCAGCGAAAACGGUCUCCGUCGCCGAUUCCGGAGAAUGGCGCCGGUGAUUGCCUGUCGGUCGAGGAAACCAACAAGCUGCGUGCCAAGCUGGGCUUGAAACCGCUGGAGGUUGGUCCGUCGGAUGCGGCCAAGGAGAGUAGCAGCAGCAGCAGCAGCAGGAAGCCGGACGAGGAUGCGCCGAGGAAUGAGCGAACCGGAGCUAGUUAUGAGAAGAUCAAGGACGAUUGGGGCGAGUUCUACCACAAACCCGCGACCAACUUGAAGGAGAAGACCAAGGAGGAGAAAAUUCGGGAAAAGCUAAAGGAGAGGAAGGAGAAGCGGGCGGUCGAAGAGAAGCUGAAACGUCUGCAAACGCUCGGCGAGGACGAAGACAUGGACGACGUCAAGAAUUGGGUCAGCCGGAGCAGGGACAAGGACCGGCUUAAGAAGGAAGCUGACAAGCGUGCCAAACUGCUGGACCAAAUGGACGAAGAGUUCGGCGUGGGCGAUCUCGUUGAUCAGGAAGUGCGUCAAACACGGAAGAACGCCUACAAGGAUCGCGAUCUGCGGGGACUGCGCGUUGAGCACGACGUGGAAGAGUUCAAGGAAGGCCGGCAGGUGAUUCUGACGCUGAAGGAUGCGGACGUGUUGGACGAGGAGGCGGGCGAUACGCUGGUCAACGUGAACAUGAUGGACGACGAGCGGUACAAAAAGAACGUUGAAAACAGGAAGCAAAACCCGAACCAUUACGGGUACAACGUGUACGACGAGGAGGUGGACGAGUUCGGGAUGGUGAAGGAGAGGGAUAUUCUUGGCAAAUACAACGACGAACUGGGCGAGCGCAAAAAGUCCAGCUUCACGAUCGGCUCGAACGCCGAGCACGAGGCGGCGGAGAAGCGCCGCCAGCUGGAGAUCCGCGCCAAGCUGCAGAACAAAAAACUCGACUCGCUCAACACCGUUCCGUUGGCGCUCGCCUCCGAAUACUUUAACGAAACCGAAAUUGCCUCGUUCAAAAAGCCAAAGAAGAAGGUGCGCAAAAUCCGCCAGAAACUGCGCGCCGACGAUCUGCUGGCCUCGGUGCCGGAGGCGGCUUCCGGUGCGGAUCUGGGCUCGCGUUCGAAUCGGCGCGCUGGCGAGCCCCCUCCGACGAAGAGUUCCGGUGAGGUUCGGAAGCGGCGCGACAUUCUGAUUACGGACGACACUCCGACGUUUGACGACGACUUGAGCGGCGUGCGCGUUGACGAGGACGAUGAAGACUUGCAGGCGGUUCUGUCGAAGGCUCGGAGGUUGAAGCAGAAGGAAGCGAUCAUUUCCAAGGCACUGCCGUUCGAUCCGGACCAGAUCAAGCACGAGAUCAAGCCGGAGGCGGACUCCGAGGACGAAAGUGGCACGUUUGACACGCGAACUCGCGACGGAGCGAUGCUGCUGAACGCCACGGCCGAAUUCUGCAGGACGCUGGGCGAUAUCCCGACGUACGGACUGGCCGGCAAUCGCGACGAAGACGUCAACGAGAUGAUGGACUUUGAGCAGGAACAAGAGGAGCGCGAGCCAGACUACCAGGAACCGGGCGGAAGCUCGUGGAACUACGUCAACACCGAGCGUGAGCAGGAAGAGCAAGCCCGGUCCGGCCAGGUCCCCGUCGAGGACGUUGCCAUCCUGGACGAAGAACCGGACGUGGCCUCGAGCGUCGCCGGCGCCCUCAAACUCGCCAACUCCAAGGGCUACCUCGAGAAGGAAGAGUCCAACCGGCCGAGCAACGCGCGCUUCGCCCACCUCCAGGCCCAGAACUACUCGAUCGAGGACAAGAACUACGGCGACGAGGACAAGUACUCGCGGCGGGACCGCUUCUCCGGACCGAUCAGCGACUUCCGCGAAAAGGAAACGUUCAAGCCGAACGUCAAGCUCGAGUACAUCGACGACAGUGGCCACCUGCUGACGCCGAAGGAGGCGUUCCGCUAUCUGUCGCACAAGUUCCACGGCAAGGGCCCCGGCAAGAACAAGGUCGAGAAGCGGCUCAAGAAGAGCGAGCAGGAGGGGCUGAUGAAGAAGAUGAGCUCGACGGACACGCCGCUCGGCACGCUCAACAUGCUGCAGGCCAAGCAGAAGGAAACGCAAUCGCCGUUUAUCGUGCUGUCCGGCAAGCAGAACACGAGCAUCGUCAAGCAUAAGCGCUGAGAAGGGGGUCGAGAAAGUCAUAGUGUGU